AUGGCAGCCCGCGCUAUGGCGUGGUUCAAGACCCCUGUCUCACUCGUGGCUAUUAUCCUCAUCUUAUCACUGCUGCUCAUGCUGUACUCCUCACCAGACGUCUCAAGAGCAGGUGCAGAGGGCGGCUCACAAAAGGCCGUCUUGGACUUCCAUGCCGCACUUCUCAAGAAUAUGUCGAUGAGAGUCCACACAGCAGAGCAGGCGUUGAUGGAGCUACGCCAAGCCCACUUAGAUCUCAGGAAAAAGCAGGACGAGGCCAUUGCACUGCGGCGAGCCACCCUCUCCGUGGCGAAGAGGGGCGGUGGUGCGCCCGCACCGCCGCCACCAGCGCCCAGCGAGAGCCAUGAGGAGCCCGCGGCGGACAGCGCUGAAGCUGAAGUUCCUGCUGAAGAGGAUGCCGAGGACGGGGCCGAAGGUCCAGCCUCGGAAGAGCAGCAGAAGAUGGAAGAGGAGGAGCAAAGAAAGCUCAUUGGCUACAACGAGGUCACCAAGACCUUCAAGCGUUUCAGGCCGGACUUCAGGUGUGGCAGUCGUGUCCCCCUCCUGCCCGAUGAUGAAGUCGUGGAGUGCGAUCGCUUGAGUGUCACUCCUUGCUGCAGCGCGCUGGGCUGGUGUGGGCGGACAAAAGGACACUGUCGGUGCGCCACUUGCAUCGACUACCGCAAGGAGGGCACGGGAAGCCAGCCCCGAGCCAAAGGCGAGGAGACUUGCGUCGAUUCAGAGGUCAUUGGCAUGACCCUUUCCAGAUCGUCCAGCUGGCUGCGACAGAAAAACAAGAGGUGCGAGCGCAAGGAGGCAUGCGCGGCUCUCGCGCGCAAGAUGCCUGCGGCCUUCCAGACUCUGUAUAAAGAGGGCCACCGUGUGGAACUCGCGGCCAGCAAGCUGGGACCCGGCUUUCCUGGCUUCCAGGCGUAUCACACAUCGGUGCGGGUGGAUGAGCUGGAGUACUCCUUCAGUGGGGAUGGCAUCGUUGCCGGCCGUGGCUUGCCAAGCCACUCCCGCUUGCCGGAUGAGACGCAGGUGGUCUACAUGGGUCUUUGCUGCAUCGAUGGGGACGAGAUGAGGAAGCACAUGAAUCCUCACUUCAAGAGAGGCUCCUACGACCUUUUGAGGAAGAACUGCAACUCCUUCAGCGACUGCGCGCUCUUCUUCCUGCUGGACACCAGAUUGGAUCCCAGCUAUCGAGGUUUGGAGCAGCUGGGUCACAUGGCAGACCGGCAAGCAGGCAUUGUCCAGGCCAUCACAGAGGGCAAGUACUGCCCCAAUCCAUGUGCAGACGGAUUCAGUGUUGAGAGGACAAUCCAGGCGCUGAACAAGCUGAAAGACCAGUCAUCUGCCUUUGGCUUUUCUUAG